AUGAAUGAAUUGAUUGAUCGAAUCGCUCCUCCAAUCAUUUCACUUUCAACUCCCACACCCCAUUCAUCACUUCCAGAAAUCGUUGAUGAGAAUCUCGUCAGUGAGCACAGUUUGGAUCCCGAUUAUGAGGAGUUUCCCAAGCCACAAGAAGCCGAUCGCCCGGAUGAGCCCGAUUUCCCCGAACCCUCACAGAUCCUUCAACCAGCCUCACCGAAGCCCUUAUUGACAAAGGUUUUCUUGCCGGGUCCCGGACCAGUGAAGGGCAGUCGCAAGUCUCAACUUUCCCUUUCAUUUCCUCGUGCAUGCUGUAUCCCACAACCUCAAUUGUGUUGUCAACCUCCUCCUCCAAUCUCUUGUUGUCCUCCACCACCUCCAUGUUGUUCACAGCCAGUGAUUCCCCCAUGUCAACGUGCCUGUCCAUCUUGUCCUUGUCGAAGGAGAAUGGUUUUGGCAAUUAGAAGAUUAAAACGCCAAUCACUUUUUGGCUCAUGUCAACAAUGUUCUCUUUCUGGGGAACCAUAUCGAGCCUUCGAAAUACAAGGAGGCUCUACAAAUUGUGCGGCUCGUUUUCCCGGUUUCCGUCCCGCGAAACGCUCACCCGCUGACGAUGUUCUCAAGUUUUUGGUUUGUAUCAGAGAAAUUUAUAAAUUCUACUUCAUA